UUCUGUCAUCUUCCUUCUGAGGGAGGCGGGGGUUUGCCUCCUCCUUACUCUGCCUCGCCCGGCUCUGCUUUACUGCGCUGCAUCAGGAGCGUGGUGGGUGGGGCCUGUUGGCCUCUCUUCUCCCCAACUCGACCCGCGUGUGGCUGCCAGUGGCUACCGAUUCUUUUGACCCACGGAGGCGGAGCGAGCGAACCUUUAACUCUGCGUUCUUUCCGCCACCUCCAAGAAGUCCUCCGCUGCUAGUUUCGCAGCCUGAAGCUUCCAAUUCCUAUCGAUCCUGGUUUUUAAUAUACACACACUCACAAAAUUGGAUCGUAUGAUCAGAGAGAACAGCCACAUCUUCACGGAUGCCCAUUGUAAAGUGUGUAGUGCAGUGCUCAUCUCCGAGUCUCAGAAGCUCGCUCAUUAUCAGAGUAAGAAACAUGCCAACAAAGUUCGUCGAUACCUGGCUAUCCAUGGUGAAGAGGAGGUCUGCUCAAGCAAGAAAAUAAAGCUGGAUACAAAGCAGGAGGGCAGCAGUGAAGAAGACAGGAACAAAUGCUGCCCCAUUUGUAAUAUGACCUUUUCGUCACCUGUUGUGGCUAACUCCCAUUACCUAGGCAAGACCCAUGCCAAGAAUCUGAAGAUGAAGGAGCAACCUCCUAAAGCAGAAGGUACAGAGGAAUUGUCUCCUGGUGCUGUGCUGAAAAGUCCAGCAGCUGUACAUGCUCAGAAACAACCAGCUAUUCCUCCUCCCACUACUGUGCCCUCUAAUGAAGAGAACCAAAACACUUCUGACCCAGACAAAUUCUGCAGUCUCUGCCAUGCUACAUUCAAUAAUCCCCUGAUGGCAAAACAACACUACGUGGGCAAAAAACACAAAAAGCAGGAGACCAAACUUAAGCUAAUGGCACACUAUGGGAGAAGCCCCGAGGAACCUGCAGCUUCAACAGCUGGGAAGGGAUAUCCAUGUGAAAGCUGUAACAUAGUACUGAACUCCAUAGAGCAGUACCAAGCUCACAUCAGCGGCUUCAAACACAAGAACCAUAUACCAGGAGGAGUACCUGUUACAGCACGAUACCAGAAGCAGCUGUACACAAGAGAGGAGACAACGGGCCCUGAUGGCUACAGCUAUUUUAGCCAAGACCUCUAGAGAAGAAGCUCCUGUGCUCUUUUUGGAUUGCCGGUGGCCCAAAAGUGAACAUCGCUUAUCAACCCACUACGGUUUUAUUGUUCCUCUGGCUGAAUGAAACCCUCCUAUCCUGCAGUGUGCAAGUUUAGCUGAUUCAGAACUAACUAUUGGCUAAAGGAUCUAGAAGGGACAGAUAUACUAGUUGGCAUUUGCAAAGACCUUUAGAAUAGUUUUCAUUGUGUAAUCUCUUGCUGUAACAGCUGAUGGGUGAGGUGGGAAUGAGUAGGAGCUGUGUCUGGCACAAGUAAGACUUGGCACCUACCAGUGUUCUAUCUCGAGCCCAUCAUUUUCCUCUGCCCAGAAGAAGCAGACGGGAGUUCUACACCCACUACCAAUCAGAGAAGAGCAACUUUUGGAAGAAAGUUCAUAAUUCUUGGUUAUGGGGUGCUUGUUAAAUGUGAGGUGUGGAAUGGGCAUGAUGGACAGACUGAUUAUCUCCUCCUUGCCUAGAAAUGGGGUGUUACAUCACUGUGUUUGUCGUGCCCCUUUCUGAAUUAACUGAGUUUGUGUGCAGAGUUUCUUAGGUCACCAAUAUGCCAUUUGCAUCCUUUUUGUAGUUCUGCAGAUGUUGGUUCUGGAACAUCUGGUAAUCCGUUUAAUAAAAAGCUGUUUCUGUUAGUAGUAUGCAUAAUCUGCUUCAGAAAGGCAAGCAGAAGGAGUAACUCCAGAAAACUGCACUUCUCCCUCGGUUCCUGGCAUAUUUGUGGAAACUUGUACUUUUGAGCCUCACUAUGUACAGCUUUCUGAUGUGUUAAAUGUUCAUCAUAAAUCUUUUUUUGGUAUGAUGGAAGGUUUUAAAAAUGUCCUUUUUCAGAACCUUAAAGCUUUUUAAUUAAUUUGUACAAAGGUUUAGCAAGGGUGAGAGAACAAGCAGCUAUAGUCUGACUUCGAGGCAAUUCUACGCUGAAAAAUAGUGCUUUCCAUAGCAUUGUGGGCCUUCCACUUGUGAACUUUGCAAGUCCAAUAACUAGUUUCCAUCCAUGUGAAACCAUUACUCAGAGACAAGACAUUCUUUCCGAUUGCUUCCUGAGACUCGGAAAACAUAGGUAGCAGCUGGGAAUGCUGCUUGAGGCAAACUGACUAUGCUUUGUUUGGACAGAGAUAAAAUUAGUUUGCAUUUUGGUCAUUUCCUUUUCCCUUGUAUGGAUAUAAGAAGGUAAGCUUGAAGUCUCCUAACAUCUGAGUUUGUUUCAAGUCUGCCAUAUGGCCUGUUUCCAAAGCAAUCAGUUGAAAUGCUAAUCUUAUUUGUAAAAACAACCCCACUCACAUAAGCAUAAAGGCAAGAGAUGUGAGAUACUUGUCUCUUGCCUAGCCUACUGUAAAAAAACUGCUUUUCUACUCGUGUUCUAAACAGGAUGUGGCUCUUUUUUCCUUAGUGCUUCUCCCUUCCUACCUAAUUGCUUCAGUGUUAUUGCUCAAAAUGGACAUUCAUUAAAAUUGGACACCUUGUACUCUUGAGUCUCGACUGACUGCAGCUUUGGAGUCAUCCCUGCUUGUAAGUUUGUUUAGCCCAUGAGCCCCGUAAUUAGCAGCAAACCAGUAUACUCUGUAGACAUUUUAAUUCUGUGUAUCAUAGGCCCUCUCAUUCUUCAUUACAUUCCUGACCUAAUCUUCUAGGUGGCAGUUAUUUUUUGAACCUAGGUAUGGGAGAUGGACUGUCCUGUCCUCUACCUUAUCUGGUGGCUUUCAUUGUGAUUUUGCUCCCCUUUCUACUCUGACCCCAGGAGUGGGGGACGGUAUUGACUGGAGACACUCUCGUUCUCUCUUUUCUGAUAGCCUCUGUGCCUCCAUCUGCAGUAUUGCUUCGAUGGAAAUGAGUGAAUAGUGCUACCUGUAUUUACACUUACUGUACAUGCAGCUCUUCUUGGAUAUGUCUGUGUACUCCCUCUGUGCCACCCUAGAACACUUAAGAGAGUCUUCGUCUCUGUGCUUUCCCAGCAAUAUUGUUAGUCAGGGUAAGGUUCACAUCAGACCAUGCCAGUGGUGCAUUUUCUUGCAUUCCCUCUUCUCUUCCCUACAUUGACGAUUCAUUACCGCAUCCCAAGUAAGCAGUCUUUCUUACAAUAAAAAGCUUAUCUUUCUCUUUUCACCAAUGUCAGGUUUUUGUGUAUGAGAUAUUCUCUACAUGUAGAACACAGGACGAGCACAGAUGAUUAUAUAUAUAUAAACUGGGGUAGAGUGAUGAGGCUAGGUGUCCUGGAUAUACAUCUCCCAUUUCCAACAGACUGAGCAGUGUUUGUCCUGUAAGUCCCUAAAAUUGCUUUAUUUAUUUAGCCUCAAUCAAACACCUUGACUAAGGGGGAGAUAUUAAAGUAACCUUGUGCAUAAGGCUCUGCUCUUAUAACAUGUGGUGAAAAGCUCUAUCACAUGCACACGCUAUGCAGCUUUUCUGUAAAUAAUUGAUGGGACAAAUAAUGUAUCUUCUGACUUAAACAGUAGCUAUGUGUGCCUAACCCUUUAUUUUAAACUUCAUAUUUUUCCUGCCUUUGACUUUUCUGUUUUGGCAUUCUCCAAUGUCUUGUGCUGUACUUGGAUUUUAGUCUUUGACUUGCCCAAUGAACUUUCGCAGCCUAGAGUAGAGAUUUGGGCAAGAAGAGAUUUGCCUCCAUGCAGAUCUAACCUUACAAUUUGAUUUCUGUUGUAUAUUGCAUUCUGUUACAGUUGCUAAGAUCAGAUAUUUUGGCAAGUCCAAAGCUGAGUAAGUACUCUGUUACAUCAUUAACAUGAUGACUAUGUUGGCUCAGCCUGAUAUGGAAGCGUCAUGAUAAAUUCAUGAAUUUCCAUUUGUCUCUUGCCUAUUAUUUGGGUUGGGUUAGCCAGGUACACUCCGCCUUAUUCUAGAGAUUAAAGUUUUGUUUUUUCUAUUCAUAUUAACAGUAGA